GGGCAGGCGGUGCAGUGCCGGGGCCGGGCAUUCCCGGAAGGCUCGGCCAGAUCCUGCCCGCUGCCGAGCCGUGCUGAGACGGGUACGGGGGUGCCACCGCUGCCAGCCCCUGUGUGGACACUGCCAACCUGGAACCAUGGCGUCACAGCUGGAAGGGGCCAUGGAGACGCUCAUCAACGUCUUCCACCACUACUCGGGCAAAGAGGGGGACAAGUACAAGCUGAGCAAGAAGGAGCUGAAGGAGCUGCUGCAGAGCGAGCUGGGCUGCUUCCUGGAGACCCAGAAGGACACGGGUGCGGUGGAGAAGAUCAUGCAGGACCUGGAUGAGAACGGCGACGGGGAGGUGGACUUCCAGGAGUACGUGGUCCUGGUGGCCGCCCUCACCGUGGCCUGCAACACCUUCUUCUGGGAGAACGCCUGAGCCGGGUUGACCCCAGCCCCCCCCCCCCCGCAGCAGCCAGCCGCGGCACCCCAAAACGCAGAGCCCCCCACGCCACCCUUCCUCACCCCCCCACUCCCCAGCGCACCCAGGGGAUCCCGCGGGGAUCCAGCUCCGCAAUAAAGGCACCGACCCAGCCA